GUACUUCUUUUACUGUUCAAAAACGAUGACUGUUGGCUGUUAGUCAACUCUAUUCCCCUCUUCUACCACUUUAUUAUAUACAAUUAUUAGUUAAUAUAUCCCCUUUUUCCUCCUCCACACCUCCAUGGAUCAGAAGCUGAAGAACCCAUAAUUCAAGAUUUAUGGAAUUUUUAGAAUUAUUGAAUUCGGGUUUGGAUUUUUGUGGGGAUUCUUGAAAAUAUUAUUUUGAUGCGACAUUAAAAUUUGAAAGAUUUCAACUAGCAGCUACUUUGAAUCUGAUGGCUGGAAGCUGGGAUGGAAAUUAUGAUCCAGGUGGUCAAUCUGAUGACAGCCUCCAUUUUGAUAGACUACGUAUUGAACCUAUUUACGAUGCAUUUAUUUGCCCUCUAACUAAACAAGUAAUGCGAGAUCCCGUGACGUUGGAGAACGGGCAAACAUUUGAGAGAGAGGCCAUUGAGAAAUGGUUCGGGGAGUGUAAGGAGAGUCGAAGACGGCUCGUUUGCCCGUUGACUUUGAGAGAGCUAAGAAGCACGGAACUAAAUCCAAGUAUUGCUUUACGGAACACAAUUGAAGAAUGGAAGGCGCGGAAUGAAGCUGCUCAGCUUGACAUGGCUCAUAGGUCAUUAUCGAUGGGCAGCCCAGAUAACGACAUUUUACAGGCUCUGAAGUUUGUCCAGCAACUGUGCCUAAACAAUCGGUCAAAUAAGCAUGUAAUCCGUAAUGCAGAACUGACACCAGUGAUAGUCAAUAUGCUGAAAAGCAGUAGUCGUCUGGUUCGGUGUAAGGCUCUGGAAACACUUCGUAUUGUGGUAGAGGAUGACUCCGAUAAUAAGGAAAUAAUGGCUGAAGGGGACACUGUGCGCAUGAUAGUCAAAUUCUUAUCGAAUGAGCAAUCCAAAGAGAGAGAAGAAGCUGUUUCUUUACUGUAUGAGCUCUCGGAAUCUGAAUUAUUGUGUGAAAAGAUUGGUUUAGUUAAUGGAGCAAUUCUUAUGCUAGUUGGAAUGGCUAGCAGCAACUCGGAAAAUCUUCUGACUGUUGAAAAGGCUGAUAAAACGCUGGAGAAUCUAGCAAAAUGUGAGAACAAUGUAAGACAAAUGGCUGAAAAUGGAAGAUUGCGUCCUCUUCUAACGCUACUCCUUGAAGGUGUUGUAACUUGUACCAACCUCCGUAGUCUUUGGAUGUGUAUAACUCAUUGUGUUCAUGUCUUUUCUACUUUUUUCUUUAUGAGUAUUACAGGUGCUAAUGAAGAAAUGCUUUAUAUGGAUCAGAAUUUGUUAGCCUGCUUAUUAUGUUAAUGUAAAGGUGGAAGUUUCUGUGCUGAGCAUGAUAUGAUACUUGCGGUGUUGUUUACUGUAUCAUGACAUAAAUUGACAGAAAUUGUGGAAAAUUAGGAUGGAAACCAAUAAUAACAUGUGUUGGUACGCUGUACUAGGAGGGACUAGAUUGUACAAUAAACAAGAUUUU